CCCACCUCCCGUCAGCCGCCUCAGCCCCCUCAGCCCGGCCCCGGCCGAGAUGCGGCGGGCGCUGCCGCUGCUCCGCGCUCUCCUCAGGCCCGGCGCCGCGGGGCGCCCGCCCCGGACACAGGCGCUCAGGGGGCUCCGCGCCACGCCUGCGGCGGGCGGCGGCGGCAGCGAGCUGUGUUUACUAUGAAACUAUUACAGCGUAGUUCCAGUAAUCUCCCGUACCAGUCCCCGAAGCCUGAGAUAAUUAGCGUACGCUUAUCAGCCAGCCUGCAAGCUCAUUUGGGGAGCAGUGGGGUUGUUUCCGAUGAAGCCGUCGCAGACAAUUUGGAGACAGCGGCUGCAGGGUUUCUGUUGUCAAAGAGAGGGCUGACGGCUGUCGAGGGGAGAAAGCAGAGCGCUUCGAGGGGGUACUUGCGUUUAAAACUGCACAAAACCCAACUGCCUAAUUAAAGUCAGCAAUAUUGCAAUACAUUUGAAGUGUUGGCUUGAUUAAACUGGGCUCUGUCAGGGAAUGUGCUCAGACUCCUGGCUUUCCAAAUGUCAUUUGUGUGCCCGGUUUUGGCAGCGGCGAGAGCCGGUGUGUCGAGGAGUGUCUGUAGCUCCCUCACCUUCCCGAUGGCAGGGGCAGCAUCUGUCUUUGUGCUGUGCCCAGCUGCGGGCAAAAUGCAGCAGCUGAAUAAUUGAUGAGGAACAAAGUGCUGCUUAAGUAGGCAAAACGCCCUUCUCCCUGCCCGGGGAGAGCAGUGGGCUGGUUUGCCCUCAGACACCUGGAACAGCAAAGCCUGUCCCGCAUCCGUCUCUGCGCCUGUUUUCCCCAUCAUGGUCAGUCCUGGCGCUUCAUCUCCCCCUCCUGAUGAACUGAAAGAGGGGAUCAUAAAUCCCAAGAGCCCUUGAUUCCAUUUGAGGCGUAGGAGAGAACUGGUGUUUAGAUUAUAGACCCUUUUUGGUCCGUCUUUUUCCAGCCUUAUUUAGUAACGGUUUCGUUGCUCAACGGUCCUCUCUCUGUCUCCACGCCUUUGGCUGAUCACCCUCCUCAUCUCUCUUACCCCCUCUUACCCCCGCGCUCCCUUUCUGGGCUCCUAACGGCCAGUUCACUUCUUCAAAGGCAGGCAGUGAGAUAAAUUUUAGUAACUCAAACAGCAUCUUUGUUUAAGGAGGUGCUACCUUUAACCAUGGGCAUUAGUUUGCCGUAUAUAAAACUUAAGAAUCAGCUGAAGCGAUGUUUAAGGAGCACAACAGACACCCAGCUGUAGUCAACGCUGGUUGUGGAGCAGAAAAGUGUAAGUGACAGUAGGGACAGUUUUAGUAUCUAAAACCAAGCCAAGCACAACAUUUGCAUUCAAGACCUACCUGCUGCUGAAAAAGAGACUUUUGUUUAUUUUGUUAGUAGUCUUUUUUGUUAGUAUUCUGUGCAUUGAAAUUACCUGUGAAAUAAGGUGGGGAUAAAUCAAUCAAAAGCACAAUUCGCUGGCGCAGCAGCAUGUAUUUUGUACCCCUUUUUAUCAAUUUAACUCAAUUUGUCCCAGUCUUCUGAAAUGUUGUGGAACUACUCAAAAAGCAAGGUGGAACAAGGAACACAAAGGUGGAAAGCAAGGUGUAUGCAUAAGGAAAUGGGAGCCGCAGUGCUCUUUUGUCACAGUAGGUAUUGCAGUGUAUGAAUAUGUCUGUAAGGCACAUGAAAAUGCACAAAGUUAAAGAUCCAUUCCUUCUCUACGGAGGCGUCUCUCUUCACCAGGCGUUAGCUAUUGUUAGCCUUAUCAAAUGGGCCUAAGUAAGGGCAUAACUGAUGUACUCUUUCUUUUCAAUUCCUUCUUACAGCUCAACACGCUGCCAUCCUUUGGUUUUCUUUUUGACAUCGAUGGGGUACUGGUACGAGGAAAGACUCCGAUUCCUGCUGCAAAAACAGCCUUUCAAAAGCUAGUGAAUUCUCAGGGACAAUUUUUGGUGCCUGUAGUAUUCGUCACCAAUGCAGGAGAUUGCCUUCGCCAGAAAAAAGCUGAUCAGUUGUCUCAUCUGCUGGGAGUUCCAAUUUCACAAGAUCAGGUGAUGAUGUCACACAGUCCUCUGCGGAUGUUCAAACGUUACCAUGAAAAAUGUGUGCUUGUAUCUGGACAAGGACCGCUUCUGGAUAUUGCUCAAGACCUUGGUUUCUGUCAGCCUAUUACCAUUGAAACAUUGCGGGAGAAACACCCUUUGCUAGAUGUAGUUGACCAUGACAGGAGGCCCAAUGUUCUGUACCCCUCUGCUGUGGAGCUUCCCAAGAUUGAGGCUGUUGUUUUGUUUGGGGAGCCAGUCAGAUGGGAGACCAACCUCCAGCUGAUCAUAGAUGUUCUGCUGACAAGCGGCUACCCUGGAAAUCCCUACUGCCAUGAAAACGACCCUCACAUUCCCGUACUUGCAUGUAACAUGGAUCUGAUGUGGGUGGCUGAAGCACAGUCCCCAAGGUUUGGGCAUGGAACAUUCAUGGUUUGUUUGGAAAACAUUUACAAGAAGAUCACUGGCAAAGAGCUGAAAUAUGAGGCCUUAAUGGGCAAACCCAGUAAACUGACCUACCAGUACGCAGAAUACCUCAUCAGGGCUCAGGCAGCAGAAAGGCAAUGGAAGCAACCCAUUCAGACUCUUUAUGCUGUCGGAGAUAAUCUCAUGACUGAUGUCUAUGGUGCUAACCUUUACAACCGCUACCUUGAAGAGAACUCCAGAAAAGGUUCAAAAUCACGGAUUCAGGCCAAAGUUGCUGGUGGCAGUGGAUCUGCCGCUCUCUCUCAGGAUGACGAAAUAGACAACAGUUGGGAGAAUGAAUUAGCGUCCGCAGCUGCUGCCCGCUGUAGGUCUGUUCUGGUUUGUACCGGGGUUUACAACCCUCACACGGAGGUACCCUUGGAUACCAGGGAGAGCAUCACUGAAACGGUAUUCCACGGCCACAGAGAUUUUAGAUUUGAGCCCGGUUUAGUAGAACCAGAUCAUAUUGUACCAGAUGUUGAUGCUGCCGUAGACCUGGUCUUCCAGCUGGAGAACUUUGCACCUAAUUGAGAUGACGUGAUUUCUUAAGGACUACUCAGUGCUAUGCUUUUCUGCCCAAAAAGCAAACUGCUUUAAAAUCAUGCCACAAACUGAUGCUUUCUAAAAUUUUUAACUUUUAAUACAAUCUUAUAUGAAGUAUAUUAAUGCAUUUAGGUAUAUUAAUAUACUUAAUGUAAGUAUAUCAGAUAUCAGUAAUGCUUUUUUAAGUACUUUGACACAUGUAAUUUCUUGCUUUAGUUGCCCUUUAUUGUCCUCCUAUUCAUUAUGUUAGGUAUUUUAAUAGCAGUUUUUCAUGUUAGUGGCACUUAAAUUCCCACAUGACAGUACAUUCUUCUGUUUGCUUGAAGAUUUAGCUUCUAGGUAUUAGGGAUCUUGAGGAUAUUGGAUUGUGGUGUUGGGGUCAUUCAGACAAUGACAAAUUGGCCAGUACGGAGCACAACGUGUUACUGCCUGCUAUUCUGCAAGUAAUGGAGUGCGCUUUCAGAUUAGAGCGAAGUUCAUGUCUCUUCUGCUGCUCUGUACCUGUUCACGUUUAACACUGCAGCCUUAAUUUUUAUCUCUUUUGUCAUGUGUCUGGAGCUGCUAUUGCUUCUCGCUGCUCCGACAUGUAAAGCCUUAAUAGAGAAGCCCAUGUCAGAUGGAGAGGGCUGAAUUGUUAAUGCCAUUUUUGGAACUCCAACUGAGCUGAGCACAGUGAUGCAAGGAAAGCGUCCAGCAGCGGGUGCCCUGUGUGGCGUAAUACCUGGCCUUUUUGUCCUUGCCUUUUAUCUGCACUUUUUUUUGAGGAAUUUAGAAUAUUAGAAAGCUUUAGCAAUUAUGUUUCAGGUGUUUGUGUCAGUUGGACUUUUCCACUGAGUGAGUGACUACUGUUUGGGCAAAAAGUGCCUAGUAAUUUACUUGAAGCCUCAUACCACUGUGGUGAUUAACCGGCCUUGAGUGUAAUAUAUUUCAGCUUGUGUCAGUGUUAUAUGUUGUUUGGUUCGUGGAUUUUAUAGCUGUUCAUUUUUUAAAAAAAAAAGUAAUUUAUGUUAUUUUUAUAAAAUACUUUUAAACAUUUUCAUCCAAAAGAUGCCUUUGAAAAUAUUUUUGUGUUAAUUUGUUGUAACAGAGUAUAUGGUGCACUUGUGACAGAACCUUAGAAAACAUAAGCCAAUUAAGUGUGCUUAAAAACAAAGCCAACUCACAUACAAAUAUCACUUAACAUCACCUUGGGGGCUAGUUGGGUUUUUAUGGUUGGGUUUGGUUUUGUUUGUUGGUUUUUUUUUUUUCCAAAUUAGAAAUUGUACAAACAAAAAUCUGUGGGUCUUCAGUUUUCCCAAAUUCUUGCAAAACUAGCAGAAUGCUGGCUUAAAAGCAUUGGUAAGAGAGAUGGUGGCAUAAAGUGAAAUGACCUCCUGGCCAGCUUCUUCACUGCUUAUUGUCCUGAAAUCAAAAUCUGAAAGCUCGUGUCAUGAGGAGAACAUUGCUGCUAUAAAGUCAGAUUUUGUUGUUUUUGUGUUUUCUCCAUUUGCAAACCGCUGUAAUCCCCCUCUCUGCUAUCAGGAUUGUUGAUUCGUUCACUCAUAAUGUUUCGUAAGUAGCUUUCAACGUAUCUUGCUGGACCCAGUUUAAGGACAGUGCUCUAGCACUGUAUUUCCUGUUUCUUCACUGGGAAAGUAUUACAGCAGCACAUUCUUGCCUUUUUUAAUUGUUACAAUAAACAGAUAUAUACCUGUUUCUUUAGUGCUUUCCUGUAAUACGCCAACCAUUUGCAAAGUAUGCCAAAUCUUUCGAAGUAAGGAUUGUAGUUUUGUAAAAUGUCAGGGUGACUGAAGUUGCGUUGUUUCAAUACUGAAGCAUGUUGCAGAGCUCUUUAACGAUUACCAGAAGCGGUUUCAGGCUGUCAGUGAAGCAAGGAAUAAAAAUGUGAAAGUUGAUGCAGAACAGAAAAUGUUCAAUUUGUUUCUUCUUCCCCUGCCCCCCAAACAUACAUGAACACUUGAAAAGGUUCAUGAAGGAACUGUCUAUAUACUUCUUAAAUUUUGUCCCUUGUGGAAACAUUAACUUAUAAUGCAUAUGUAGAAAACAAAUAUUGUUUGACUGUCAGACUGAUACUGUUUUUAACUGAAAGGAAGACAGGUUUUUAGGCUGUAUUCCUCUUAGACCAUUUAGGCUGCGUCUGCGUUGCAGGGGUGUGAAUGUUGCCCGAUGAGUCUGCUGGAGCUGUCAUUAACGUGAUUCUUCGUAUGAAUGUAUGACUGAGUCCCAAUAGCGGACUAGGGUGCCAUUAGAUUUGGAGCUGCAUCAGUACAAAACAAAAAAUAGGCAGUUGUUGGCACAGGUGGUGGACACAGAUAGUUAAUAUAUAUGGGUAUUACUAUAAAAGACGAAAGAGAAAUGUUAGUGUGGUAAACACUUGCACUAUGUCAGUGAGCUAGGCAAAUAUUUUGGUGAGAUGUCAGGAAAACUAAAUUUUUAAGGAAGGAUUUGAAGGAGUAUAGUGAGUUACCAUUGAGGAUGUUUACCUGGAGCCUUUGGCAAAGAUGAAGAACCCCACAGCAUCCACCUGCUAGCUAAUCCCACAACUUCACUGCAGGGGUGAGCUAGCUACAUGGGAAUGAGAUUGUGUAUUCCCUAAUUAGUACUGCAGCCACGCAGCAUACAUAGCUCUAGCUCUAGAGCCUGAAAGCAACCUGCUUCCUUGGUGACAUAUUCAAUGUUUAUGUGCACUGAGUAAUUACACCACAGUUAGGAUUUUGAAGUAUUACUGGUGUUAGUAGUAUAGCAAAAAGUAGAAAAAGCAUGUGUGUUCCUCCCUCAGGGAGUCCCACUCCAGUUUACACUUCAAUUUCUGGUGAAAAUAUUUGUGCCAAGGUGCUACUAUGUGACUCAGCAAACCUUCCAUUCCACCUGCAUUACUCAACACCAAAUUCCAGUAAAAGAGUUGUCCUCUUUAUCUUUUUAUUAAUGUGACUGCUCAAAAAGCAGACAUUGUUCAUUAUAUUAUUAUUUAACGUCUUAAAAAUGAAGAUGCUACACUGACAGACUUCUAAGUCUUUGAAUUUUGUUCACUUCCUGUUCACUCAGGAAGUGGUACAAAUAAGAUUUUUUUUUUUUAGAAGUGUCAUAAAACAUUGCAUCUGAGUUAGCACUGUAAUUUCUAACCUUUAAAAUGAAAUUCAGCGAUUCUUUGUUAGUAAUGAUGUGUGGAAAUCCUUGGAAGAAAUCUCAGUCUCUGGUACUGGAAAGGUGCUUUUUAUCAGAGUUCUUAAGGAAAACUGAGUUUAGUAAAAUGUUCUUUCUAAUUAUUCAGCUAAGAGUGAGAUAAAUUAAUAUUAUAUUAGGUAAGAAAAAGGCUAAGACCCUGUCUUAACUUUUGCUCUCCUUUCUUUGAAUGUCCUCUUACCUGGAUUGUCACUUUCAUUCUUUCAUGUGUUUUCAGCUUUGACAUUUACCUGUUUGAAACAGACAAUAUUUACCACAUGUUCAGUGUAUUUCAGUCAUAACAUAGGUAAGCUAUUGGAUGUUACAAUAAUUCUUUCAAGUUUAAAAUGUACUGUUGAAACACGUGUUUCAGAAUAUGUACAGAAAUAGCUCACUGAAAUAACUUUUUAAAAAUACUUCUGAGGAUCUUCUUGUAAGUAGAACUUGCCCUUUGUUUGCAUGGUAGUAUUUUUGUUCUUGGUACCUUUUUUUUUUUCUAUAUAAAAAGAUCCCUCAAAAACCGCCUUUCAAAAAUAUAUCCUGUGCUUAUUUGUGCUAAUACAAAAUUAACAAUAUUUUGAAUUCCAAUCACGUGUUGUCUUCAGUAUCACUUUUUUCUUUAGAAGCAUUUUUCAAUUAAAUUGAAGUUAGAGGAAUGUAUGAAACUUGUAUUUUAAGAAAAACAAUUUUUCAGGCAUCUCCUUUUCGAUAUUAAAAAAUACUUGCAUUUAAAAUUAAGUUUAUCGUGUAAAAACUUGAAUACUGUUAAGGAAAAGGAAUAAUGUAUUUUGUAGUACAUCCUAUGUUUAUGAAAUCAGUCUGCUAUAUUGAUACUACUUGUUAUGGAAUAAUCUUUUCAAAUUGCAGAACUUUUUAGUAAAAUAUCAUAUCCAGGCAGCUUGUCUGAAAGAUGUGAGUAAUUCACAAGAAUCUGUUGCAGUAUUUUGUAGUAAGUUACUUCUUUCCAUAAACUGCUCAAUAAUUUAUUUUCGGGGACAACUUCUGUUGCCAUGUCUUUUGUUCUUCAGCAACACAAAUGUGAGUAUAUGCUGUGAUAUCAUGUAAAUGAAUCGCAUCUAGAAAAAUUAAACAUAUUUCAUCAGUAGUAGGAGACAAAACGCAGUCUCUGCAAUGCGGUGGGACUGACAGACGGCUGUUUGUAUUGAAAAAGACCCUCUGAAGUGAAUGUUUUCACUAACCUUGAAAGAUAUUGUUGCUACUGUCAGUGUCCUAUUUAAGCCCAGUAUACAAUUUUUAGCCCUCUGUUGGAGUUCAUUAGGCUUCAUCCGGUGGGAAUCCAGCUGAUGAGCUUGGAGACCACUCUGCAGAGCAAGUGGAGGUGAUCAGAAGACGCCUUGAUCCAACUAGAACAGUCAUGCAGCUGUACCCAUCCAGGACCACACACUUUGGCAGAGUUGAGGUGUUUAAGUCCAGGAUCUGUUAGAUUCAGGAGGAACACAGAAGAAUGUACGUGGGGUUUGGGCUGGGCUUGUUGGAGGUGCAAAGAUGUCUUCUUUCACACGUGGCCUGGGUUCACUUCUCCACUGCCAUCUCUAGUUUUUGUAGGGGAUUAUUUGCCAUUUUGGUGAAUUAACCUGUUAUUUUGGCAGAAGACAGUGAAAUGCUUAAAGUGGAAGACAGUUGUAAUUAAUCUCCAAAUUAAUGGCUGGUCUCUGAGAAGGCUUGUCUCCUAAAAAGCUUUGAAAAUGUAGUUGUCCAGCCCACCUCGCAUGAAUGUGAACUGAUGUAAUAGGUAUUUACCGUCGGUUUUCACACAAAUAAACUGUUCUUCUAAGCAGCACGCCCUUUUUGAAAGCCUCGCCAGCCUGAGCACAAGUCACAAGCAUUUCUCAAAGGCAUUAAGUUCAGAAAAGUCCUGGUGUAAUCCAUGUCCAGGUGGGAGCUCGUUUUCACCCUUGGUAAAGCCCCUGUGCCGCAGUGUGACUGCUCCCCCAGCCACCUCCGGAGCUGGAGGUGGGGACUGGAGACUCCCUUGUCUUAAACACACAAAUACGGGGCUUCUCAGUAAGAACUGAAUUCAUUUGGGAAGCGAAGGGAUAGACACCUGCUCUGAUGGAUACUCGCUGUUUUUUGCUAUGGGACUCUCCGGGCUCGAUGGGCGCCGGCGGCGUUCCCACUCCGCGGCCGCGGGGGGCGCCCUCCGCCAUCUUGUCUUUACCUCAGCCGGGCGGCGCUCGCGGCUGAGGCACGGCGCUGGGCGGGAAAGGGGCGGCGGUGCUGCCACCCUCUCCUGCCUUUUGUCUUUUAUUUUCCUUUCUGUUUUUUUUUCACCCCGUCCCCCCAGUUUGUAGAAGUAGUAAAAUGCAAAACCAUUGCCCCCACGCGAGUUCUCCAAGGCUCGGGGUAUUGCAGCUUCUCCAACUCUGUGGACUGAACUCCAGCUUGGUGAGUGGUAACAUGGGCUUGGCAGACCCUCAAAAAGCCAAAAUGCUUAAAAAAUAGCAGGCGAGAGUGUUCAUUCAUAAUUUUAUGUGCCUCUCAUUCGCACCCUUUCUUGGUUUCAAACAAGUUCAGAGCACUUUCCAGUCAGUGACUGAGAAACUGUGUCCCAGGGGUUUGAGAGAUGAGCUCAGUUUGGUGCUCUUGAAAACUCUCCCAGCUGCUGGGAAAGAUAUGUU